GUCUGUCUAUUACACUAGUUAAAAUAAAUGGUCUGUGUUUGUCAUCAUGUGGGGUUGAUAAUUUGUUUUGGGGGCGUAGGUACUAAAAUUUAUUACUGAAAUAAAGUGUUAACCGAUAUGCAGUUUAUAAAAAACUAAGACAAACAUCGAUUAAUAAAGAAAAGAUGGCACAAUCUCAAUUCAGCCCUGUUGAUGAGUAUGGUUUCGAAAGACAAGAUGAUUUCGAUUAUGAAAGUUAUGAGGAUUUUAUGUCAAUGUAUUUAAAAGUUCUCGCGACAAGAGCUCAGAAAUGGGCAGCUCUCCUUGGAGAAGGGAAAUCUGUCAAACGGACUAAUACUGUGAAAAGAUAUGUACGUAAGGGAAUCCCAAGUGAACAUCGUCCAUUAGUUUGGAUGGCAAUAUCAGAAGCAGAAAUUAUGAAAGAACAACAACCUGACUUAUAUCAAAAGAUAUUGGAUGGUCCAUUUGAGAAGGAGCUGGUAGAUCUUGUUAAAACUGAUUUGCCAAGGACUUUUCCUGAUAAUAUAUUCUUCACCAAAGAAGCAAAUCACCAGACACACCUCUUUAAUAUACUCAUAGCCUAUGCACAUAAUAAUAGAGUGGUUGGUUACUGUCAAGGAUUGAACUAUAUUGCUGGACUAUUAUUAUUGGCUACUAAAAGUGAAGAAAUUUCAUUUUGGCUCCUUAAAGUAUUAGUUGAAAAUAUUCUACCUGAUUAUUACACAAGGACAAUGGAUGGGCUGAUAGUGGACAUUGAAGUAUUAUCAGAGCUAGUCAAAUCUAAAGUACCCGAUGUACACCAACACGUGAUAAACUUAGGGUUGCCAUGGGCAGUUAUCACCACAAAGUGGUUUGUGUGUCUAUUUGCUGAAGUUUUACCUAUAGAGACGGUGCUACGGAUAUGGGAUUGUUUAUUCUAUGAAGGCUCUAAGAUAUUAUUCAGGGUGUGCAUUACUCUGAUAAAAAGUAACAGAGGAGCAAUUAUGGCAUGUAAUGAUUUUACAUCAUUGGCAGAGUGCUUCAAGACGAUUGUUAAAAAUGCCAGUGCUUUGCAUUGUCAUGAAUUUAUGCAGGCGAUUUUCAAAGUACCUGGAACAUUAUCUAAUUCCACCAUUACUAAGCUCAGGGCACGAUUUGCAAAACAGAGGCGAGAACAGCAGCAAAAGGAGCCACGAUGAGAGACAAAAUUAUCUUCUUGAACCACCAAAUCGAACUUAACUGAUGUUAAGGAAAUCUUCUGUCACAUAAUUAUGUAAAUUAAUCAAUAUACAAAUGUUAUAUAGCUGAUACAGGGAAUGGAAAUAUUUUUUUACAAAUGUU